CACCCUGCAGCCUGCCUGGUGCCGUGCCUGCCUCGGGCCCUUCUCCCCCCGGCUGCUGCCCCGGGCUGUCCCCUGCCAGCCCCGAUCCGCCCCAGCCGGGCGGGCCCGCGGCCCCACGGCCUCUUUCGCUUUCGUUUCUCCGCGCGCGACCCGCCCUGGCUCAGCCCAGCCCAGCCCAGCCCAGCCCGGCUUAACCUGGCACUCCUGGCACCAUCUCGGCUCGGCUCGGCUCGGCUCGGCUCGGCUCGGCUCGGCUCGGCUCGGCUCGGCUCGACCAUGCCGCGGUUCAGCGUGGCGGAGGCCAGUCUCUGGGGGUGUCAGUUCGUGCAGUUCCUGCAGGACACGGGCCGGGAGCAGACGAGCCUGCGGGAAACGCUGCGGACCAUCUACAACCAGGAGUUCCGUGGCAGGACUGAGGCAAGGACGCCCAAUUUUUCCUGCAUGUUGUUUGCGCUGAGGACAACCCAUCAGGUUCAGGUGCGCGGAGAUCUGGUGAAAUUCAAGGUGAAGAGACAUGUGGUGGUGGCAGACCAGUACCGGCGAGCCAGGAGCAAUGCACAGACAUCCGUGGCCGCGUCUGCCUCAGGACAGCAGCUCAGCUCCACUCCACAAAUGCCCCAGCGCUAUGCCAAGCAGUGGGCUGAGCUCAUUCGUGGGAAGCACGGGGUGGAGAUCACCUCAGACUAUGACCAGGGCAACGGCAAUAUUCGCUUCCCGGUGGUGCCGGGCGAGCCCCAGACAGUCGCUGUCCUGGUGCAGAACCGUGGCACAGAGGUGGUGACACUGCAGCGGUUCCAGGCACAGCAGCAGGCACGGGAGCUCUCCUUCACCGAUGAGCAAGGGGCAGUGCAGGGCCAGUCCCUGCUGCUACACCCAGGUGGGAUGUACCCCAUCCAGGCGCGGUGCCUCACCACCUGCAAUGGGCACUUCAGUGCUGUGGUGUCCUUCGAGUUCACCAAGGAGCCAGACGUGUCGUUCAGCAUCUCCCGCUAUGUCGCUGCCGUUGCUGAGAGCCAGCUGGCCAAGGACCUGGGGCCCUCAGCACCUUUCCAGCCCUACGAGGCCAGCCUCCAGCACCAUGUCACAGUCAUCACUGAGGAUGGCAUCCCCCCUGACAGCUCCCUGAAAAACGAACUGGAGAGGGAAAUCCCUCUGGGCACCUACCAGUACCCAAAGAGCCUCAAGAACACGAUCCUGCUCGGACCCAACACCAGUGCCAGCUCCAGCUGGGCUGCCAUGCGCUCGCUGCUGGAAGCACCUCUGCAGGCUGAGAACUACUACCAGAAAUUCCAGCUGCUGCUGCACCUGGAGGAGAUUCAGAUGGAGGUGGAUAUCCGUCGCUACGACAUGCAGGACGUGACCAUGGUGCAGGAGAGGGCACUGCUGGUUCUCGAUGUGCCUGGCGUGGCCGAGAACCGCCCAUCCUUGCUGAGAGGGGACCACCUGUUUGCCCACCUGAGCAGCGAGCGGGACCACUCCCCGCUCAUCCGCUACAAGGGCUACGUGCACAGCGUGGAGCUGGACAGGGUCAGGCUGGGCUUCUCCUCCAAGCUGCAGAAGAAGUUUGUGAAGAACCUGAAGUUCGAUGUGACCUUCACCUUCAGCCGGCUGCCACUGCAGGUGCAGCACCGGGCUGUAGUGCUGGCCGUGCGCCCGGGCUUGUCCAGCCUCCUGUUCCCCUCCGCCUCCUGCCACAAGUCCCUCUUCUCAGGGCCCUUCCAGCCGCGGUGGUUUAACCGCAAGCUGGAGACCAACGAGGAGCAGUGCAAAGCUGUGACCCACAUUGUGACGGGGGUGUCCCGGCCAGCCCCAUACCUCAUCUUUGGCCCCCCUGGCACUGGCAAGACGGUCACUAUGGUGGAGGCCAUCAAGCAGGUGUGGACAUGCUUCAAGGAUGCCCAUAUCUUGGCCUGUGCCCCCUCCAACAGUGCUGCAGACCUGCUGUGCCAGUGCAUCAUCAAGGACAUCGCCCCUCAGCAUGUCUACAGGCUCAUUGCCAGCUCCAGGAGCUACAGGGAAGUGCCCACUGAUAUCAGGCCCUGCUGCAACUGGGAUGAUGAGCAGAGCAGCUACGUGUACCCAAGCAAGAAGAGACUGAGCCACUACCGGAUUAUCAUCACCACACUGGUGACAGCAGGAAGGCUGGUGUCAGCCAAUUUCGCCCCUGGGUUUUUCUCCCACGUGUUCAUCGACGAGUGUGGCCACGCGGUAGAGCCGGAGAGCAUCGUCGCCAUCGCGGGGCUCCUGGCUCCCAUGGAUGAGGAGAACAACCCCAACGGGGGGCAGCUGGUGCUGGCAGGAGACCCCAAGCAGCUGGGCCCUGUCCUGACCUCGCCACUGGCAAUCCAGUAUGGUCUGGGCACCUCGCUGCUGGAGAGGCUGAUGCUGCACAACCCCUUGUACCAGAAGUCGAGUGGAGGAUAUGACCCACGGUUCAUCACCAAACUGCUCUGGAACUACAGGUCCCACGAGGCCAUUCUCAGGAUCCCCAACGAGCUUUUCUAUGACAACGAGCUGAAGGUGUGCAGGAGCAACGGGCUUGACAUCCGGAAUCUGUUUUGUACCUGGGAGGAGCUUCCUAAAAAAGGCUUCCCCAUCAUCUUCCAUGGGGUUUGUGGGGAAGACCAGAGAGAGGCCAAGAGUCCCUCAUUCUUCAACACGGCUGAAAUUGAGGUCCUGGUCCACUACCUCAGGAAGCUGCUGCAGAGCCGGGGCAGGGGAAGCUGCCCCAGUGUGUCCCCCAAGGAGAUCGGCAUCAUCUCUCCCUACAGGAAGCAGGUAGAGAAGAUCCGGAAAGCCAUCACCUGCCUGGAUCCCGAUCUGCAGGAGCUGCCGGACAUCAGCCAGCUGAAGGUGGGCUCUGUGGAAGAGUUCCAGGGCCAGGAGCGGCCGGUGAUCCUCAUCUCCACGGUGCGCAGCUGCAGCACGUACAUCCAGUUCGACCAGACCUUCAGGCUGGGCUUCCUCAAGAACCCCAAGAGGCUUAACGUGGCCAUCACCAGGGCCAAGGCUCUGUUGAUCGUGGUGGGCAAUCCUACUGUGCUCAGCAAGGACCACCACUGGCUCAGGUUCCUCAGGUACUGCAAGGAACAGGGGGGCUACACCGGAUACCCCUUCGAGGAGGAGGGCACAGCUGAGGACAGACUCGCCAACGACCUGCAGGCACUGCAGCUCAGAGUUUAGCACCCAGGUGAGCAGAGCUGGCGGCAUGGCCAGGGUAACAGCUGGGGCACUGGGAGGCUUCUCCUGCCCCAAAUGCAGCAGGACUUAAAUCAGUUUUUGCUUAGGCCUUGCCUGUCUCCAUCUCAAAGUCAGGAGCCAGCUCUGCCAUGAGGUUUCUCUGCAGGAAAUGCACCUGGGAAGGGAGGAGAAGCCCCAUGAAGGUGCAUCCCCCUCAGCCUGUCCCAAGCCUGCAGCAGCUCCUGCUUUUUCUGUCCCAGUCCUGGGGUGCUCCAUGCAUCCCUGUGGAGAUGGGGCUGAAGUCACAGGAGCAGAAGGUGUUGCCAGCCUUUGCUGCCAGCCACGAAGCCCACACCAGCACCAGACUGGGGCAACUCUCCAUUUUAAUAAUUUUUUACAUGGCUGUGGCAAAACUAUUCUCUGUGACUGAUCUCACCAUUCAGUGAAAGGCUUAAGCCUGGAGGCUCUGGCCUCCAAAGAGCAUCACUGGGUGCACAGGGGAGCUGACUGCUGCUGUGAUGGGUGACUGGGGAAGGCAGGGACCUGGUCUGGGACGGGUUGGCUCAGCUCUCCUCUGGGCAGCUGCCUGGCCUGAGAGCUGGCAUGGCCGUGCAGACACUCUAUUUCCCUCAAAUAAAUGUUUAAA